CUGUAAGUGACGAAGAGAGAGUAGAAUGGCAGGCAGGCAGCGAUUUAUGACGUUACAUCCGUCAGUUUACGAGUGAAGAAAAGGCUGCAAAUGGAGUAGAGGGAAUGUAAAAAAUACAAUAUGAAGACAGCGGUGUCACAUCUUUGGCUCCUCCUUCUCUACUGGGGUGUGAGCAGUGUGGACCUGUCUGUGGACCUGCCGUCCUCAUCCUCAGUUUCUGUCCGCCUUGUCGCCCCUGAUGGUCCCCUGUUGGCCGUGGCAGGACGACACCUGGUUCUGCCGUGCUCUCUCUCUCCACGCACCGACGUGCAGAACAUGACUGUGGUGUGGUUCAGACCUGGACACGACACCCAGACCCACGUCCACAUGUACCGAGGCGGCGCGGACCGGAGCGAGGACCAGUCGCAGUCCUACCGGGGACGAGCAGCCUUUUUUCCAGACGGGAUCAGUUCGGGGAACGUGUCGCUGAGACUUGACGACGUGAAGCUUUCGGACGCGGGAGUGUACCAGUGCACUGUGGAUGCAGGAGGGGGGAACUACGACAACAAAGAAAUGGAGGUCCAAGUCAGAGCUGUAGGCACGGAGCCAACCAUCGUCACCGACCGGCGCAGAAACCAACAGCUGGAUCUACGGUGCGUCUCCACGGGAUGGAGCCCCGAGCCCGUAGUUGAUUGGCUGGACAGCGAGGGGCGGAACCUUCCUGCUGAGCCCACGCAGAUGCGAUUACAGUCGGAUGGCUAUAGGGUGGAACGCCGCCUCCUGGUGGACAGUAGGAGAAGCGGCGGCGGCGGCUACUACUGCAGAGUCACCCAGAUGGGCCUUGUGAAAAUGACACGGAUGAAUCAUACAGAUGAAGAUGAGGAUGUCCCAGAGGAUUCUCCAUACAUGGACGCAAUACUCCCCGUCGUAGCUGGACUCGUUGUACUGUGCUUUGGGUUUGCUCGGUGGAGAUCACACACCCACAGAAAUGUGCCUCCUUCAGACACUGCAGUGAUUUACUGGGCCGAAACGUCUGACCCUGUGGGAAGUUCUUUGACCGAAAGCUACACACACGGAAAUGUGCCUCCUCCAGACGCUCCGGUGAUUUACGGGGCCGAAACGUCUGACCCUGUGGGAAGUUCUUUGACCGAAAGCUACACACACGGAAAUGUGCCUCCUUCAGACACUGCAGUGAUUUACAGGGCCGAAACAUCUGACCCUGUGGGAAGUUCUUUGACCGAAAGCUACACACACGGAAAUGUGCCUCCUCCAGACGCUCCGGUGAUUUACGGGGCCGAAACGUCUGACCCUGUGGGAAGUUCUUUGACCGAAAGCUACACACACGGAGAUGUGCCUCCUCCAGACGCUCCGGUGAUUUACAGGGCUGUAUCUUCUGACCCUGUGGGAAGUUCUUUGACCGAAAGCUACACACACGGAAAUAUGCCCCCUCCAUACACUCCGGUGAUUUACGGGCCCCGGUGGUAUGACUGGGAUGAAAACUUUUUGGCCUGAAUCUAAACAGAAGUGGGCUUGUUUUUCUUUUCUUUUUUCAAUGUUGUUGUUAUUUUACAGCCCUAAUUUGUGGGUUGUUUUGAGUUCACAAUGAAGAUAAAUGAGAAUGUGUGAUGCAUCUGCAGCCUCGUGAAUCAGAAAGGCACCCAUGGCCUGUGUCCUGAGUCCUGCUUGGCCCCUAUUUGAUAUUUCAUUUCUGCGUUUACUGAUGGGGUUGUAUUGAUUUUUCUUUUUGCUCGUUUUGAAAGCAGAAUAGCAAUAAAGCCUUGGUUAAAAGUAA